GUACGUGGAGUUAAAGCGUCGGGAUUUCUAGAGUAAGGUUUGGGAUCGUUGCGUCGCUAAAUGCGCGUUUUUCAUUCCUUCCAAAGGUUUAAGAAACACUGUCCCUGCGGAUUUGCGCCUUUGCUCGGAUUCAGAGGACGGGGGAUCGCAGGAGCUGACAAACUCGAGUUGGAGAUUGAUGACAUCACAGCUCCUGGAGCCCAGGCAUCCCGGAGUGGAACUGGAACAGUGUUGCCGGUCUACUUCAGAGUUGGCCAAGCUUGCACACAAGCCUAACAAGCGGACUCAAAUGUAUCCGACUCCUUUUCAGUAAAACGUGGCUUUUGUGGAUCUCGGAGGCGGUGGAAAUGGGACUAAUCUGGAAUUCCCGGUAGCGGAUUUCUUUUUUGAUAUUUGACUUAACUAUCCGAAAGAAAUGUCUGCGUCCUUGAUCUGCCAGCAUUCCUCGGGAUAUAUCUGAACUGUUGUAACUUAAGAACAGAGGCGUUCAAUCCAGCUGGUCUGGAGGUCUGGUGAAGAUUGAAUCGUGCCAUCAUGGGGAAGCACUUAACUCCGCUGCUUUUAACAAUACUGCUGCAGCACCUUUGCUGUUGCACGGGGAACCAAAGGAUAGAGCCGACACCGCCCUUGCAGUUUACACACGCGGUGUAUAAUGCCACUAUAUACGAGAACUCCGCAGCAAAGACCUACUUAGAAAGCCAAGUCAAAAUGGGAAUAUACAUAAAAAGGCCGUCUUGGGAAAUCAGGUACAAAAUAAUGUCAGGAGAUAAUGAAAAUUUGUUUAAAGCGGAAGAAUACUUCCUGGGAGAUUUCUGUUUCUUGCGGAUAAGGACCAAAGGAGGCAGUACUGCUAUUCUUAACAGGGAAGUAAGAGACCAUUACGCGCUUACAGUCAAAGCGUCCGAAAGAAGCACCGGUGCUGAAACACGCACCAGGGUGGACGUGCAAGUUCUUGAUACAAACGACCUGAGGCCCCUGUUUUCACCCACCUCCUACAGCGUCUCCCUGCCUGAAAACACGGCCCUCAGAACCAGUAUUUCCCGCGUCAUGGCCACGGACGCGGACAUCGGGACGAACGGGGAGUACUACUUCAGCUUCAGGGACCGGACGGACAUGUUCGCCAUCCACCCCACCAGCGGCGUGGUGACGCUGACCGGCAAGCUGGACUACUCGGAGGCCAGGCUGUACGAGAUGGAGAUCCUGGCGGUGGACCGGGGGAUGAAGCUGUACGGCAGCAGCGGCGUCAGCAGCAUGGCUAGGCUGACGGUGCGUGUGGAACAGGCCAACGAGCACGCGCCCGUCAUCACCGCCGUCGCCCUGGCUCCCUCGGGCUCCGACAGGGAUCCCACGUACGCGGUCGUCACGGUGGAAGAUGGUGACCAGGGACCCAACGGGGAAAUAGCCUCGCUAAGUAUCGUGGCGGGAGACCCGCUGCAGCAGUUUAAAGCCCUGAGGUCCAGCCCCGGCAGUAAGGAAUAUAAAAUAAAAGCCGUCAGAGAAGUGGAUUGGGAGAGCCGGCCUUUUGGAUAUAAUCUAACUCUGCAGGCCAAGGAUAAAGGAAGCCCACCUCAGUUUUCCUCUGUGAAAGUAGUUCAUCUCGCCUCGCCGCAGUUCAAAGCAGGGCCUCCUACAUUUGAACGGGCCAUUUACAGGGUAAAUCUUAGUGAAUUCGCUCCUGUUCACACCCCCGUUGUGAUGGUAACGGCCGUGCCAGAGCACCCCCAGUUGAGGUAUGCUUUGAAAACCAACGUGCACAGACAUCUGUUUGCCAUAAACCCAAACACGGGCUUAAUAACAACGGCUGGUCCAAUCCGAGCAGAACUGACUCCCCAGUUUGAACUGGAAGUUAUGACCAGCGAUAGAAAGGCAGCGACCAAAGUUGUUAUUGAUGUCUUAGAUAUGAAUAACAAUGCCCCCGAGUUUCUCCAGACAUCUUACAAAGCCAGCGUGGAUGAACAUGUGCCAGUGGGUACCAGUGUAUUAAGAGUGAGGGCCACUGACCUGGAUAGUGGAGAAAAUGGUUAUGUGACGUACAGCAUUGCCAAUUUGAACCCCCGGCCUUUUGCGAUUGAUUACUUUACCGGUGUAAUUAGCACCUCUGAAGAUUUAGAUUACGAGUUGAUGCCCAGGGUUUACAAUUUGAAAAUUCGCGCUUCGGACUGGGGCUUCCCUUAUCGGCGCGAAGCUGAGGUUCCCGUAACAAUCACUUUAAACAACUUGAACGACAACAAGCCGCUGUUUGAGAACGUAGACUGCGAAGUGACCGUCCCGAGAGACCUUGGGGUCGGCGAGCAGAUAACUACCCUGUCUGCCAUCGACGCUGAUGAGCUGCAGCUCGUGCGGUAUGAAAUAAAGGCCGGUAAUGACCUCGACCUGUUCGAGUUAAACCCGAACUCUGGCGUGCUUUCUCUGAAGCAGUCUUUAGUCGAUGGGGAAGGGGCGAAAGUCUCUUUUCUCAGUUUACAUAUUACAGCUAACGACGGGGAGAACAUGACGCCGCCCAUGAUCAUGAAUAUCACUAUGGUAACUAGUCGGAAGCCGGUUCAUUUAAAGUGUGUUGACACUGGAGUCGCCAAAAUGCUGGCAGAGAAACUCCUGCAAGGCACAAAGAUUCACAACCACGUGGAACCUGACGAAAACUUCUUGGACGUUCACUCGGUUAACCGCUUUGCCCCACAGUUUGCGGACACGUUCCCAAAUGUCAUAGAAGCUAAGGAGGAUCUCCCAGUGGGCGCCAGGAUUCUUCAUAUAAGUGCCACAGAUGCCGAUACUGGUUUCAAUGGAAAGCUGGUUUAUGCAAUUUCAGGAGGAGAUAGUGACAGCCGAUUUAUCAUCGAAAUGGAAACUGGUUGGCUUAUGGUGUAUGCUCCACUUGACAGAGAAACAGCCAAUCACUACACUCUUAAUGUCACGGUCUAUGACCUUGGAAUACCUCAGAAGUCUUCGUGGCGUCUUUUAGAUGUGACUAUCCUGGAUUCAAAUGAUAACAGCCCCAGGUUUUUGCAAGAUAGUUAUUCUGUAGAAAUUAGUGAAAACACGGAGGUGGGAAGUGACAUCAUUCAGGUGGAAGCAACAGACAGAGACUUAGGCCUCAAUGGGGAAGUCAGAUACUCCCUUGUUGGAGACACGGACAAGUUUGAGAUCAAUGAGCAGACGGGUAUCGUGAAGGUUAAAGGCCAUCUGGAUCGUGAAGCGCGCUCCGUUUAUCUUUUGAAGAUUGCAGCCAGGGACCAGGCCGCUGAAGAGCCUCAGCUGCUGUCAACAGUCUUGCUGAAAGUAACACUGGAAGAUGUCAACGAUAACCCACCCAGGUUUGUUCCUUCAAACUAUCGUGUGAAAGUUCGGGAAGACCUGCCAGUCGGCACCGUCAUAAUGUGGCUAGAGGCCCAUGAUCCGGACUUGGGGCAGGCAAGCCAAGUGCGUUACAGCCUGAUUGACAGCGGGGAUGGAAACUUCGAUGUGGACAAACUGAGUGGAGCGGUGCGGAUUGUGCAAAACCUAGAUUACGAGAAGAGGCAGUUUUACAACCUCACAGCAAGGGCCAAAGACAAGGGGAAGCCGGUUUCGUUGUCCUCGACUUGCUACGUGGAAGUGGAGAUUGUUGACGUCAAUGAGAAUUUGCAUCGCCCUUCGUUCUCUUCCUUUGUGGAUAAAGGAUCUGUAAAAGAAGAUGCGCCGGUUGGUACGUCUGUGAUGCAAGUGACUGCGCGAGACGACGAUAAAGGCAGAGAUGGGACAGUGCGCUACUCCAUACGAGAUGGCUCGGGCAUAGGGAUAUUCAAGAUCGACGAAGAGACGGGGAUAAUAAGAACGGAAGAACUUUUGGACCAUGAAACCACCUCGCGCUAUUGGUUGACGGUCUACGCUACCGAUCAAGGGGUUGUGCCCCUCUCCUCCUUCAUUGAGGUCUACAUCGAGGUGCAGGAUGUUAAUGAUAAUGCACCCCAGACGGCGAAGCCGGUAUAUUACCCUUCAGUCAUGGAGAACUCCUUGAAGGAUGUUUCCAUCAUCCAGAUAGAAGCCUUUGACCCCGACUCCAACUCCAGCGACAAGCUGACCUAUAAGAUUACAAGCGGAAAUCCUCAGGGCUUUUUCACCAUCAACCCUAAGACCGGUCUGGUAACAACUACUUCAAGGAAACUGGAUCGAGAGCAGCAAGCGGAACAUAUUCUUGAAGUCACAAUUCUUGAUAACGGCAUUCCUCCAAAAUCCGCUGUGGUGAGAGUGGUGGUGAAAGUGUUGGAUGAAAAUGACAACAAACCUCAGUUCCUGGAGAAGAUCUACAAGAUCAAACUCCCAGAGCGCGAGAAGCCCGACCGGGAGAGAUCUGUCCAGAGGGAACCCGUGUACAGGGUGAUCGCGGCCGAUAAAGACGAGGGCCCCAACGCGGAAAUAUCCUACAGCAUCGAGGAAGGCGACGAGCAGGGCAAGUUCUUCAUUGAGCCCAAAACUGGGCUGGUGUCCUCCAAGAAGUUUUCUUCAGCUGGAGACUAUGACAUUCUUACGAUUAAAGCUGUGGACAACGGCCGCCCCCAGAAGUCCUCCACCUGCCGGCUGCAUGUCGAAUGGAUUUCCAAACCCCCGCCGUCCGCGGACCCGCUGGCCUUCGAUGAGCCGUUUUUUUCGUUCUCCGUAAUGGAGAGCGAUCCCAUCGCACAUAUGGUUGGCGUUAUAACAUAUGAGCCCCCCGACAUUCCUCUUUGGUUUGACAUCACUGGAGGGAAACAGGCUAAAGAAGUGUUUUACAUCAUUCAGAUGGCUUGUGACCUGAACUGUACAGCAGAAGGUGGCAACUAUGACAGCCGGUUUGAUGUGGGCAAGGGCAGUGGAACCAUCAUUGUUGCUAGACCCCUUGAUGCAGAACAGAAAUCAAAUUACAACCUGACAGUAGAGGCAACAGAUGGAACCAAAUCUAUCAGCACCCAGGUGUUUAUCAGAGUAAUUGAUACAAAUAACCAUCGGCCGGAAUUUUCCCAACCAAAAUAUGAAGUCAGCAUUUCGGAGGACACAGUGCCGGAUACAGAGAUUUUGCAGAUCAGUGCAACUGACAAAGAUGAGAAGAACAAGUUGAUCUACACACUUCAAAGCAGCACAGAUCCCUUCAGCCUGAAGAAGUUUCGCCUGGAUCCAGGAACAGGCAUACUGUACACUGCUGAGAAACUGGACCAUGAGACCAUGCACAAACAUGUCCUAACCGUGAUGGUUCGGGAUCAGGACGUUCCUGUGAAGCGCAACCUUGUCAGAGUUAUCAUCGACGUGGAAGACGCCAACGACCACGCUCCCUGGUUUACGAGCUCCCCAUACAAAGGCCGUGUGUAUGAAUCAGCCGCAGUGGGAUCUGCAGUGCUGCAGGUCACCGCGCUGGACAGGGACCAGGGAGAAAACGCGGAGAUUGUUUACAGCAUAGAGUCAGGAAAUGUUGCAAAUUCGUUUGCUAUCGAUCCCCUUCUUGGCACUAUUACAGUAGCAAAGGAGCUUGAUCAGAGCAGUAAGGAUCAAUUUGAGCUCACAGUGAAAGCAACAGAUAAAGGCCAUCCUCCGCUAAGUGUGGUGACACCUGUUCACAUUUCUGUCACCAUCUCGGAUAAUGCAAAACCCAGGUUUGCUAAAAAGGAGUUCUCUGCAGAAGUCAGCGAAAGUGCACUGGUCGGGAGCUUUGUUGGCUUAGUUUCAGCAUCAAGUCAGUCAUCUGUUUUCUAUGAAAUCAAGGAUGGGAAUUUCGACGGUGUAUUUGACAUUAAUCCGAACUCCGGCAUCGUCAUCACGCAAAAAACACUUGACUAUGAGACUGUGCCUUCAUACAGGCUGACAGUUCAGGGCACAAACAUGGCUGGGCUGUCAAACAAUGCGACCCUCUUGAUUCAUCUCCGAGAUGAGAAUGACAACGCUCCGGUCUUCACGCAAGCAGAAUUCUUAGGGAUGAUAAGCGAAGCUGCUCCAGUGAACAGCGUCGUUUUAACGAGAGAGAACUCACCGCUUGUUAUCCGAGCCAUAGAUGCUGACAGAGAAACAAAUGCUAUGCUGGUUUAUCAAAUUGUUGAACCAUCUGCCCACAGCUAUUUUGCUAUUGAUUCCAGCACAGGAGCUAUUCGCCUUGUAACGACCCUGGAUUAUGAGCAGAAUAGUAUUUUCCAUUUCACAGUGCAGGUCCAUGAUAUGGGAGCCCCUUACUUAUUUGCUGAGACCGCAGCCAAUGUUACAAUUCAGGUUGUUGAUGUUAAUGACUGCUCUCCACUGUUUAGUAAAGAAAUGUAUGAAACAUCUGUUUUGCUUCCAACGUACAAAGGAGUGAAAGUUAUUGCACUAAACGCUACAGAUGCUGAUUCUGGACCGAAUUCAAAAAUGAUCUUCUCCAUCUCAGAUGGCAACAUAGGAGAAAAAUUUAAGAUCGACUCAAAUGUGGGUGUCAUUUCUAUUCAGAACACUUCCCACUUGCGAAGCAGGUAUGAGCUCACUGUUAGAGUCUCUGAUGGAAAAUUUGCAAGCACGGCGUCCGUAAAAAUAAACGUGAGAGAAAAUAAGGAAAGUGGUUUCAAGUUUACACAGAGCUCAUACACUGCUUCAGUUCAGGAGAACUCCUUGGAGCCCAAAAGUAUUGCUGUUAUUGCGUCAGUAGGCCACCAAAUAAAUGAGCCGCUAUUUUAUACGAUUCUAAAUCCAGACAGAAGGUUUAAAAUUGGCCGUACCUCUGGGGUCCUGUCCACCACGGGCAUACCCUUUGACCGUGAAGAGCAAGAUGUCUAUGAGAUAGUUGUGGAAGUGACCAAGGAGCAGAGGUCGGCUGGACUUGCUCACAUGCUCGUGAAGGUCACGGUGGAGGAUGAGAACGACAACAAACCAAAGUUCGUUAAUUUGCCGUACUACGCUCUAGUGCAGGUGGACGCUGAGGCCGGCCAUGUGAUUAGGCAGGUGACGGCGGUAGAUGAAGAUAUCGGCAGAAACGGCGAGGUUCACUACCACCUGAAAGAACAUCACGAGUAUUUUCAGAUAAGUCCUGAGGGUGAGAUCACACUGAAGAAGCCCUUUGAGCAGGAAUCUCUGGCCACCGAGUACGUCAUUGCUGUUGUGGCCAAAGAUGGAGGAGAACCAGCCCUUUCUGCAGUGGUUGAAGUACCAAUUACAAUAGUUAACAAGGCCAUGCCGGUGUUUGAAAAACCAUUUUACAAUAUUGAAAUUCCGGAGAAUAUUCAGCGGCAUUCUCCAGUGGCACACGUGCAGGCAAGCAGCUUGGAAGGGCCUCGCAUAGUGUACAGCAUCACAGAAGGAGACCCUUUCAGGCAGUUCUCGAUCAACUUCAACACCGGAGUCAUACACGUAAUUGCUCCGCUGGAUUUCGAAACACACCCUGCCUACAAAUUGAAUGUGCGAGCAACGGACUCUUUAACUGGGGCGCACUCUGAAGUUUUUGUGGACGUUAUCUUGGAAGAUGUCAAUGAUAACCCUCCCGCGUUUAAAGAGAAGUCGUACAACGUUAGGCUUUCAGAAGCCUCUGUAAUUGGCACGUCGGUGCUGCAGGUAUUUGCUACGGACUCGGAUUCUGGUAGCAACAAAGUCGUUUCGUACCAGUUAUUAGAAGACGGAAAGAACUCUGAUUACUUCAGCAUAGAUCGCGAGAGUGGGGUUAUAGUGACAGCCAGAAUGUUGGACCACGAGAAAAGAGCACAGCACAACCUGCUAGUGAGGGCUGUGGACGGUGGCGUGCCCGCCCUAACUAGCGAUGUACCCGUGACAGUGCACAUCACCGACCUGAAUGAUAACCCUCCAGUCUUCACUCAGCAGCUUUACGAGGCCACUGUCAGCCAGCUUGCCUCCCGCGGGCAUUUCGUAACACACGUGCAGGCGUCGGACGCCGACAGCUCGGACGCCGGGAAGCUCGAAUAUGCCAUCCUCGCGGGAAACGAGAACCAGAAUUUCGACAUAGACAGGAAGAGCGGAGUCAUUGCCAUUUCCAACCACCGGAAGCAGAAGAUGGAGGCCUCUUACAACCUGAACGUCUCGGUGUCGGAUGGUGUGUUUCGGAGCUCGGCUCAGGUCAGGGUUACGGUUAUUGGAGCAAACUUCCACAGUCCUUCUUUCAAUCAGAUUGAUUACGUGGUGGAACUUUCUGAGAACUCCCCUGUUGGAACACUGGUUGCCGAAGCCACGGCAACAGACGAGGAUUCCGGUACUUAUGGACACAUCACCUAUUACAUUGUGAACGACUUUGCCAGGGACAAAUUCUCUGUCAAUGAGGAUGGGCAGAUUUUCACCCUUGAGAGCCUGGAUCGUGAGAACACAGCGGAGAAGGUGAUCGCAAUCAGUCUAAUGGCAAAAGAUGGAGGUGGAAAGGUGGGGUUUUGUACUGUUAAUGUCAUUCUUACCGACGUCAAUGACAAUGCCCCACAGUUCAGAGCAGCGGAGUACAGGGUCAACGUAGCAUCGGAUGUCCCACGGGGGACUACAGUCGUUAAAAUUGCAGCAUCAGAUGCAGAUGAAGGAAGCAACGCUGAUAUUGCUUAUACCAUUGAAGCAGACCUGGAAAACGUAGAAGAAAAUUUUGAAAUUCAUCCUUUCAGCGGUAUAAUCGUUACCAAAGAAAGCUUAAUUGGACUUGAAAAUGAUCUCUAUGCUUUUUAUGUGAGGGCAAAGGAUGCUGGGAACCCUCCAAGGGAAUCUAUCAUCCCAGUAUAUAUCCGAAUUCUUGCCCCUGAAGAGCCAGUGCCUAAAUUUGUAGAGCCACACUACAGAUUUGCAAUCUCUGAAAACCUCGCUGUUGGAUCAGAGAUUGAUGUCAUUCAGGCAGAGAGUGAACAGCCUGUGUUUUAUAGCCUUGCGAAAGGGAAUACUCCAGAGAGUAACCAAGGUGAGAUCUUUGUCAUUGACAGGGACAGUGGGAGGCUGAAACUCGAAAAGAACCUUGAUCACGAAACUACAAAAUGGUACCAGCUUACACUGCUAGCGCAGAGUAACCACGGAGGUAAUGAAGUUGUGUCCACUGUAGAAAUAAAUAUUCAAGUAAAGGAUGUCAAUGAUAAUAGCCCUCAGUUUGAGUCCAACCCAUAUAAGGCAUUUGUAGUGGAGAACUCACCUGGGGGAACUCAAGUGAUUCAAGUGAGAGCAAAUGAUGUGGACUCUGGAACUAAUGGCCAGGUUAUGUACAGCCUGGAUCAGAACCAAGAAACGGAGGAGAUCCUGGAGCUGUUUGCCAUCAACAGUGAGACCGGAUGGAUUACGACACUCAAAGAGCUCGACCAUGAGAAGCAGAGCAAGUACUCUGUGACUGUGGUGGCUUCUGAUCGAGGAGAGAAGGUGCAGCUGACCGCCAGCACCAAGGUAGAGGUGACUGUCGCCGACGUGAACGACAAUCCCCCACGGUUCACCGCGGAGAUCUACAAGGGGACUGUCAGCGAGGACGACCCCCCACCGAGCGGAGUCAUCGCCAUCCUCAGCACCACCGACGCCGACUCGGAAGAAAUCAACCAACAAGUCAGCUACUACAUUACAGGCGGAGACCCUCUGGGACAAUUUGCUAUUGAACACAUUCAGAAUGAAUGGAAGGUCUCUGUAAGAAAGCCCCUGGACAGAGAAGAGAAAGACAAUUACCUCUUAAAUAUCACAGCCACUGAUGGGACAUUUGUGGCAAAGGCUGUGGUAGAGGUCAAGGUCCUUGAUGCAAAUGACAACAGCCCUGUUUGUGAAAAGACACUGUACACUGAGACGGUCCCAGAGGAUGCACCUUCAGGCAAGCUCAUCCUUCAGGUUUCUGCCACGGAUGCUGAUAUCCGUUCAAAUGCUGUGAUUUCUUAUAAGCUCUUUGGGACUGGAUCAGAAAAGUUCAGCAUAGAUGUAGAUACUGGUGAACUCAGGACACUGCUCCCACUCGAUCGCGAGAAGGAGGACGUUUACCACCUGGUUGUGAAAGCCGUGGACGGGGGAGAUCGCUUCUGCCAGGCCGACGUCGUGCUGACCGUGGAAGAUGUGAAUGACAACGCGCCGCAGUUCACCGCGGACCCCUAUUCCGUCACAGUGUUCGAAAACACAGAGCUGCACACGUUUGUCGCCCGGCUGCAGGCGACAGAUGCUGACAUAGGCCAAAACAGCAAUAUCUUGUACUCAUUUGUCGAUUCUGCCAAUGGCUACUUCUUGGUGGACGAGGAGUCUGGCGUCGUCAGCCUGGAGAAGCCCCUGGACAGGGAGGUGCAGGCAGUGUACACGCUGACGGCCCGGGCUACGGACCAGGGCUCCCCUCGCCGGCUCUCCGCGGUCUGCACCAUGGUCGUGUCUGUGCUGGACAUCAACGACAACCCCCCGGUGUUCGAGCAACGGGAGUACGUCGCCACCGUUUCCGAGGACGUCGCCGUCGGAACCCGGAUCCUUCAAGUUUUUGCCGCAAGCCGAGACAUUGAAGUGAACGCGGAAAUCUCUUACUCCAUUAUCAGUGGCAACGAACACGGGAAGUUUAGCAUCGACUCCGACACAGGUGACAUCUUUGUGAUUGAGAGUCUGGAUUAUGAAAUGUCCCACGAGUACUAUCUCACAGUAGAGGCCACCGAUGGAGGCACACCUUCUCUUAGCGAUGUGGCAACAGUGAAUAUUAAUUUGACAGAUAUAAACGACAACAGUCCAGUCUUCAACCAGGAGGUCUAUUCUGCAGUUAUAAGCGAAGAUGCUGAACUGGGGAAAACCGUUAUUGCCGUCCUGGCAGACGAUGCCGACGGGCCCUCCAACAACCACGUCCGCUAUUCCAUCGUCAACGGGAAUCAGGGAAGCCCGUUCGCCAUCGAUCCCGUCAAAGGGGAGGUCAAGCUCGAGCGACAGUUAGACAGAGAGAAGAUCUCGGGAUAUACGCUGACGGUGGUCGCCUCGGACAAUGGAAAUACCCCCAAGUCCAGCACGGCAGUCAUCAACAUAGACGUGUCAGACGUGAACGACAAUCCGCCAGUCUUCUCACAAGCCAACUACAGUGUCAUCAUCCAGGAGAACAGACCCGUGGGUGCCAGAGUGCUGCAGUUAUUAGUAACAGAUAAAGACGCUUCUCACAACGGGCCCCCAUUCUCCUUUGUAAUCACCAGUGGAGACGAAGGAAAUGCGUUUGAAAUAAACCAGCAGGGAGUUCUUACGGCCUCCAUCCCGCUGAGCCGCGAAAUGAAGGACCACUAUUUCCUUCACGUUCAGGUGGCUGACAGCGGAAAGCCUCAACUGCUCUCAUCCACAUUCAUCAGCAUCAAAGUCAUUGAAGAAAGCAUUUACCCUCCAGCUAUUCUUCCACUAGAAGUCUUCAUCACCACCCAUGGGGAUGAGUACUCUGGGGGAGUCCUUGGAAAGAUCCAUGCUACAGACCAGGACAUUUAUGAUACCCUGACUUACAGCCUGGUGUCUAAAUCUGGGAAUCUGUUCUCUGUCUCAAGCGCCAAUGGGAAACUCAUAGCCAGCAAAGGGCUGGAUGUCGGGCACUAUCCUCUCAAUGUCACGGUUACAGAUGGAAGGUUUACUGUGGCUGCCAACAUCAACGUGUACGUCAAGCAAGUCACCCAGCAGAUGCUAAACAACUCUGUUGCCGUUAGAUUCGCCAACAUCGCGCCGGAGGAGUUCAUUGGGGACUACUGGCGCAACUUCCAGAGGGCCCUGAGGAACAUCGCAGGGGUGAAAAGACACGACAUUCAGAUUGUCAGCCUGCAGCCCGCGGAGCCUCCCUCUCACCUGGACGUGCUGCUCGUCAUGGAGAAGACAGGAAGCCCUCACCAGUCACACGAGGUUCUGUACCGAAAGCUCAACACUUCCAUCGCGCUCGUCGAGGAGAUGACUGGUGUGCGAAUUGUCAAAGUCAUUAAGAAACUUUGCUCUGGGCUGGAGUGUCCCCUGAGAUUCUGUGAUGAAAUAAUUACUCUGGACAAGAAUGUCAUGUCAACCUACAGCACUGCCAGGCUGAGUUUCGUCACCCCACGGCAUCAGAGGUCUGCGAUGUGUCUCUGUAAAGGUGGUAAAUGCCCUGUGUUGAGUAAGCUCUGUGAAGGCGUUCCUUGCCCUGAAGGUACCGAGUGUGUCGCUGAUCCAAAGGAAGGAAAACACAGCUGCGUGUGCACGGACGGCAAACAUGGAAAGUGUUCCGGCGGUGUUUCACUGACAUUCAGUGGGAACAGCUACGUCAAGUACCGUCUCUCGGAGAGUGAAAACAAGGAGGAAAUGAAGCUCUCCCUGAAGCUAAGAACAUACUCGACCCAUGCAACUGUAAUGUACGCAAAAGGAACUGACUACAGUAUUCUGGAGAUCAGCAAUGGUCGACUGCAGUACAAGUUCGACUGUGGCAGCGGUCCAGGCAUCGUUUCGGUGCACAGCAUCCAGGUCAGCGACGGCGAGUGGCACUCCGUGUCCCUGGAGGUGGACGGGAACUACGCGAAGCUGGUCCUGGACCGGGUCCACACGGCCUCGGGAACAGCGCCGGGCACCCUGCGCACCCUCAACCUGGAUAACUUCGUCUUCUUCGGGGGCCACGCCCGCCAGCAGGGGUCGCGCCACGGCAGGAGCGCGCCGGUCAGCAGCGGGCUCAGGGGCUGCAUGGAGUCCAUCUUCCUGAACGGGCAAGAGCUUCCUCUGAGCAGCAAGCCCAGGCCCUACGCGGUGAUGGAAGAGAUGGUGGACGUGGCGCCCGGCUGCACCGUGGUCCCAGCAGAAGGCUGUUCCAGUAAUCCUUGUACCAAUGGCGGGAUCUGCUCCUCACUCCCGAAUGGAGGUUACUUCUGUAAAUGCAGUGCCUUAUUCAUGGGGACACACUGUGAAAUUGGUGUGAGUGCUUGUGCUUCCAACCCGUGUCUCUAUGGAGGAACGUGUAUCCCCGUCCACGACGACUUCGUGUGCCAAUGUAGGGGGCAAUAUUCCGGCCAGAGGUGCCAGCUGGGCCCCUACUGUAAAGAUAAUCCCUGCAAAAACAGUGGCAAAUGUAUCGACAGUCUGGAUGGUCCCGUUUGUGAGUGUGAGCCCGGUUUUCAUGGGGAAAGGUGCCUCAAUGACAUUGACGAAUGUGUCAAAAACCCCUGCUCGAACGGAGGCCUUUGCGAAAACACCUACGGCUCCUACCGCUGUAACUGCAGCCUGGGAUACGGCGGGGCGCUCUGCGAGAGCGCCGUGCUGGUCAAAAACGAGUUCAUUUCCACCUCGUGGAACAUCGGUUUGGAAGAGGUCGUAGGGAUCAUAGUCUUUGUGGUGAGCAUCUUCGUCCUGGUCCUGCUCUUCGUCGUCUUCCGCAAGCGGGUGUGCAGGUCCCGGAAGCCCAAGCUGGAGGAGGAGAAACAAGCUGGGGUCACCAGCUCCUUCUUGCAGCGACCGUACUUCGAUUCCAAGCUGAGCAAGAACGUGUAUUCGGACGUCCCUCCCCAAGUUCCCGUGCGCCCCAUCUCCUACACCCCGAGCAUACCCAGCGAUUCCAGGAACAACCUGGACAGGAAUUCCUUUGAGGGCUCUGCCAUCCCAGAGCACCCGGAGUUCAGCACCUUCAACCCCGACUCCAUGCAUGGGCACAGGAAAACAGUGGCUGUCUGCAGUGUGGCUCCCAAUCUCCCUCCUCCCCCCCCCUCCAACUCUCCGUCCGACAGCGAUUCCAUUCAGAAGCCCAGCUGGGACUACGACUAUGACGCUAAAGUUGUUGAUCUGGAUCCCUGCUUGUCAAAGAAACCAGUGGAGGACAGUGCUUGUCACCCAUACAACACGCGAGGAAGCAUGUCAGAAGUCCAAUCUCUCAGUUCCUUUCAGUCAGAGUCUUGUGAUGACAAUGCCUCCAUAGUGACUGUAAUACACCUUGUCAAUUCUGUUGUUGACUCGGUGGAGAGAGAAGAGUCUUUCGCGGCUCAUGACCUCAAGAACCCAAGAGGUUACCACUGGGACACCUCAGAUUGGAUGCCAAGUGUCCAGCUUCCGGGGAUCCAGGAGUUCCCACAGUUCGAGGUUGUGGAAGCACCGGCCCCUCUGUAUAGUGACCCCAACGUAAUUGACACUGACUACUACCCGGGGGGCUACGACAUCGAGAGUGAUUUCCCGCCGCCCCCGGAGGACUUCCCCGUUCGCGACGAGCUGCCCCCCCUGCCCGAGUACGCCGACCAGUACGAGACAGUACAGCCCCCCGGGGACACGCCCCCCUCCGGCAGCCCCGGCUCUUCCGCCCGGGGCAGGCCGCCGCACUACAGCCUCGGCCAGUACCUCCCGCACCACCACUACCCCGCGGACCUGCCGGACGCCCAGAGCGCCGCCGUGGGGCCGGGCGGCUACAGGGGGGUGUUCCCCGCGUACGCCCUGGGGUACGGCCGGGAUUUCGAGGCGCCCAGCGUGGACAACAUGUCGAUGUCUUUGUACACCUCCACGGCCUCCUGCUCCGACAUGUCGGCGUGCUGCGAGGAGUCCGAGGUCAUGAUGAGCGACUACGAAAGUGGGGAUGAAGGCCACUUCGACGACGUGGCCAUUCCCCCGCUGGACUCCCAGCAGCACACCGAGGUCUGACACUGUAUCCAAACGAAAGUGCCUGGAGCGGAGGGAGCGGGAAAAAAAAACGACGCCCGCACACCGCGUGCGCGCCCGCACACGCCCGCACCCCCGCGAGCGCGUGUGCGCGCGCGCAAGCUCGAUUCCCGCGAUAACGCCGAGAGUAGUCGAUCCCGCGCUUCUCUUCUUUUGCAAAGACUGCUUGCGAGCUGUUCUCGCUAAGCCUGUGGCGGCACUGGAUCAUGCAGCUCCCACUCCACACGUCCCUGCAUCUCCUGCAGCAUCUCCCAUGGAACUGAAAACCGGAUUUGAUUUUUCACUGGCUGUGCCAUUGGCUUAGUGUUCGUCAUCCUGCGCAAACUUUGAAGGAGUUCUGAACAGGCGUACAAUUGUGAACGAGAAAAUCAAGCGAUAUCUGUAUUUAUAUAGUUAUAACAAUGCAGAGACUAAUUUUUUUUAAAAAAAACAAAUCUCAUUCGUUUUAUGUAAAUUUUAAUGUACAGUUUUGAUUUCAAGUUUUACUAGGUUUUGUAGAUAUUUUAUGUUUUUUUUUCCCCAAAAAAAAAACAGUUUUGUGGUGUGACAUUAUAUCAGCCUUACUUUAUCACUGAAUAUUUUCAUAAACACGUACGAUAAAAACAGCUUGUCAGAUACGGUCUGUGUAUGUGUAACAUUGAUAAUUGAGGGUCUUAAAUGAGUGACUGCAUUUGUUCUUUCAUUCCGUAUUAUUUUAAUAUUUUUUUGUAAACUGAAGCUGUAAACCUUUUUUUUUCCAAACAAACAUGGGACCCAAUGUAUUUAUAGUGCAGAAUUCAUCCUUGGCACAGGUUUUUAAAAGUGUCUGUAUGUGUGAGAGAUGGAAUGGUCUUGUAAAGGUUUUUAUCAGGUACUGCCAUUAGCUCACUCUUUCCUACUGGCAAUAAAUUAUUAAUAAAAACAUGUGUUUU